GAACAUUUCAGCAGCACGCAAUCCAUAUUCAUCAUCUGGGUAUCCACAUUGAGUAACCAUAACCCGCGGCCACAUUUAUUAAGAAGAGUCAUAGAUUUUCUUUUAAAAUAGCUAAACCACUCAAAAUUGAGAUUGGUAUCAGAUAUCUGGUGUUUCUUCUCCCUCAUCGGCACUGACUUCGGGAACCUUGGAACAGACCCGGGCACCUCUUCAGUAACGCGAUGUCUGAGGAAACUUCGCAAGCGUAUCGCAUCCACCUUCACGAGCGAGGGCCAGCCUCAGCUGAUAUAAUCAAAUGCAACCUCAAGUUGGAAGAGGUGCCGAAGCAACACCCCCGAGCAGGUCAGAUCCUGGUACGGAUGAGAGCUGCUGCACUGAACUACCGGGACCUUCUCGUCGCCACAGACGAUGAGCGCUACAAGAGCCGCACAGCCGCACCCUUGGUCCCACUGUGCGACGGUGCAGGCACAGUCGAGAGGGUGGGCGCGACGGCACCGGGGUCUCCGUCGAGAUGGAAGCCUGGUGAUCGUGUCAUAUUUGCGGCGGGGACCUCGUGGAAGUCCGCCGAGCCGGGGACGGAUGCCGAGAUGGACAUCACGAGCUUGCUUGGGGCCGGGGACAUCGACGGCCUCCUGCAGCAGUAUGUCGUCGCCGAAGGGGACGCCCUCGUACCCGCACCAGAGGGCCUCAGCUUCGAGGAGGCUGCUGCGCUCGGUGUUGCUCAUGGUACUGCCUGGAAUGCCUUGUUUGGGUGGUACAGGCCGCUGAAGGAGGGGGAUGUCGUUGUUACCCAGGGCACUGGGGGUGUGAGUACUGCGGUCUUGCAGAUUGCCGUGGCUGCGGGGGCCAAAGUGAUCGCGCUGUCUUCUUCGCCAGAGAAGCUUGAGGUUGCGAAGCAGCUCGGCGCCGCCCACGCCCUCGACUCCAAUGAUCCGGAGUGGGACACCAAGAUCCUUGAGCUUACCGGUGGCCGCGGUGCGGAUCACGUCGUGGAUGUGGUGGGUGCGCCGACGAUCCACCGCUCCCUCCGAGCAACCCGGAAGGGCGGGCUCGUGUCCGCCGUCGGGUUCUUGGGUGGCUCGGAGAAUCAUGGUGAUCUGAUACCAGAAAUCGUUUUCAGUGCUAAGACGGUCCGAGGCAUUGUCUAUGCGAGCAUUCCUAUGCUCGAAGACUUGAGUGCCUUCGUUCAGAAGCAUGGCAUUAAGCCGAUAAUAGGGCAUGUUUUUGAGUGGAACGAGGCCAGUGAAGCAUAUGCGGCUCUUCUGAAUCUCAACACCUCGGGCAAAAUCGUCAUCAGAAUUCCCUGA